AUGUCCCGAACCGUUCAGUUCCCCAACGAGGAGGCUCGCAGCUCUGAGACCUUUGAGAGAACUCUUCCCCUGAACCUCAACUUUAAUGACCCUGAGGACGUGAUCCCCAUUCCUACCAUCUACGCUUCACGCGCUGUUAUGGACGUCUACAUCGAAAAGGUCGUUGACAAGAUGAAGGAGGUGCGAGAAGAGUUCAGUGUCACGGCAGCUAAGGGACUCACCGAUUCUGAUCACGUCUGCACCGUUAUCCAAGCUGCUCAAGUUGUUGUCGACGCCAUGGUUCUCAGUGUCAGACGACACUAUCACCAGCGAGAGGAAGGUCUUCGCACCCGACGCGAGCGUGAGUACGCUGCAAUUAGCAGAGCUGGCUGCUUCAAUCGCAUCAAGCGCACCUUCGUCACUAUCUCCUACAGUAUGGAUAUUCACGCCCUGAUCAUGAAGAUGGAGGAGGAAAAGCGCACUACUAUCCUCCUCGAUGCGUUUAAGAAACUGCGCCUUCACAGCCAAAUCGCGGCACUCACCGAGGGAGGCAGCGAACCUCACUGGAACUGGAGUCUUUCUUAA